CUGAGUCAGCUGCUCUGGAACACUAGCAGCAGAUAAAAAGCCCGUUUGUCUCCAGGAAGUGCAGCGAGGUGUGGAGACAUUCUGCAGCAAACAUGUCAGGUUGUUGGAAUAAAUACGGGAACAUACUGAAUGUUGACACAACUGGAGCUUCGGAGGCAACUGCGAGACCAGAGGGUCUGAGCUAUGCAGGAGUUGCAGCCUCACAGAAGAUUGCAGAAAACGAUUUGAAGAACAUGAGGAAAUACCAAGCCAUCAUUAAAAAAGUUGGCAACAGCAAGUGUAUUGAUCCAGCUGUGAUUGCUGGUAUUAUCUCUCGAGAGUCUCAUGCUGGGGCAGUACUGGAGGAUGGCUGGGGUGACCAUGGAAAUGCAUUUGGUUUAAUGCAGGUUGACAAACGGUACCAUAACAUUGUUGGAGCAUGGGACAGUGAAGAACACUUAGUGCAAGGUACAGAGAUUUUAUCUUACAUGAUAACGGAAGUCGCGAAGAAAUUCCCAACAUGGACUAAAGAACAGCAACUCAAAGGUGGGAUUUCAGCCUACAAUGCAGGAUAUAACAACAUCCAGAGCUACAACAGUGUGGAUAAUGGCACAACACACCGUGACUAUUCCAAUGAUGUGGUUGCAAGAGCCCAGUUUUUUAAGAAACACGGAUACUGAGAUAUCUGAGUGAUUAUUAGAUUUGAGUCACAGAUGUAUACUUUGUUCUAAUUUUAAAAACCCUGGAUUUCUCCUCCAGAAAGAUUAAGAGUGGGGCAGGGCAAUGACACCAGAAACAAGUGCAAGCUUUCAUUUCAACCAGGGCUAAAAGAAAAAAAUCACAUUAAAAGCUAACACUACUAAUAAUCCUAACUGCAACCUAUCUUUUGCCAUUUCUUUUUCAUCUGGCUUCACAAGAAUAUUCAAGCAGUUUUCACCUGAGCUUGCAGUUUCUCAAGCAGCAGAUAAACACUGAAAGAAAGUUAUAACACUGCUUAAUGAGAUUUUAUCUGCUUUAGAUUUUAUCUGUCAGUAAAUCUGUCUAACAGUAGUACAAAAUUUGCUAACUAUUUGCAAUUUUGGAAUUGAUUAUCUGCAAUAAAUACUGCAUAUGUUUAACCUACCAGAAGAGUGUCUCACAGUAUCAUAUCCUUUUAGAAUAAUUGCUCUUAACUUUGGUGAGAGUGGUUGUUUCUUGUGACAGGAGGGAAAAUACUAAGCUAUCCUUAACCUUUUUUUUUGCCCUUGAUAGUCCUUCACUUUAGCCUUUUCAGUUGCAAACAAUCUGUAAAACGCAAUGCUUUACUCAACUUCUGUAAUGAAUACUUCUACUGAAGCAAUAUAUUAGCUUCAGUGCAGGGUCUGGAGUAAUAAUAUGCACAUUCCAUCAUGCUUUUAAAAUGGGAUGUAGUUUAUAAAAACUAAUGCAAGUUCAUGCACAAUAAACAGAUGCUUUUAAUCCA